CUCUGAAAGUAAAACUAAUUAAAUAUCACAUCUUUGUGACAUGGUUAGGUUUAAUAUCUUUAAAUAUAAACUCAGUUUUGUAUUAAUUAUAAACWGCCGUAAAAUCUCAGCUGUUUUAUCCCAGCUUCUCUGAACGCAGCAUUAAAGCCCCGCCCCCCGGCUGCUCGUUUACUUCCGGUGUGGAAGAACAUGGCGGCUGUUGGCCGGGAUCACUAACAGGUUUCCUGUAGACGGACUGAUCACUGACAGGGUUGAAUCGACAGGUUUUCCUCCAGCUGAGAGCUCCACACUGUUCAGAUGAUGGAUCAGGUGUGACCGGACCCAGGUGGACCUGUUCAGACCCGGUCAGACCCAGGUGGACCUGUCCAGACCUGGUCAGACCCAGGUGGACCCGGUCAGACCCGGUCAGACCCUCUCAGACAUGGAGAAGUUCGGGAUGAGUUUCGGAGGUGGUCCCAGCAGGAAGGAGCUCCUGGACACCAUCGAGUCCCAGAAGAAGCAGCUGGUCCAGUACCAGACCCGCUUCAAGGACGUGGUCCGGGCCUACAAGAGUCUCCUGAAGGAGAAGGAGGCCCUAGAGGCCAGUCUGAAGGUCCUGACCGUGACCCAGGACGUGGACCUGACCCGGCAGAGGCAGGAGGUCCCUGCAGGUCCGGACCUGCUGGAGGACGGCUCGUCCCUGCACAGUGAGGACAGCGUGGACACGUCCUCUGUGGACGCAGCCGGUCAGACYGCCAGGGGGGACCAGACUGAGGAGGACCAGGCAGGACCGGCUCGGAGGUCCAGCUCCACGGCGGAUGGAGACAGCAGCAGCAGCAGCGUGGAGGCGGAGCAUCAACAGGCCCCGCCCCCUGCCAGCGUGGAGGCGGAGCGUCGUCUGGUCCAGCUGAGGAGCCAGCUGAGCACGCUGACCGCCUCCCUGGCCACGGUGACCCAGGAGAAGUCCCGCAUGGAGGCCAGCUUCCAGGCCGACAAGCGUCAGCUGAAGCAGGAGGUGGAGGAGCUGCAGGAGCGCCUGCUGGCUGCCGCCGCGCACCAGGAGGCGGAGCUUAGCUCGCUGCAGCAGCAGCUGGCAGAGAGCCGCGCCCGCGUCAUCACGCAGCAGCACGAGCGCCAGCAGGAGCAGGGAGACCACGGCCAGCAGCUCAGGGAGCUGCAGAGCCUCCUGCAGCAGGAGAGAGACCUCCGGCAGGACGCAGAGCUCCGCCUCCACGACGCYGACCACGCCCUCAGCGCCACCUCACAGGCCCUGGACCGGGGGGCGGAGCUAGAGGCCAGCUUCAAGCAGGUGAGGCAGGAGAGGGACGACCUGAGGGCCAGACUGCAGGAGUUCCUGGAGGACCAGCAGAGACCAGAUCCCAGAGUCCAGGAGCUGCAGCGAGACCUGCAGGACCUGAAGACCUCCUUCCAGCAGCAGAUCCACAUGGAGACCAGGAAGGUGUCUGAGGCRGAGGACCGGACCCGGGAGCGGGCCCAGGCUGCAGAGCAGCGGGUGGCGGGUCUGGAGCAGAGGGUCUCGGAGCUGUCCCAGCUGCUGGGCUCCUGUGAGAAGGCCCGGCAGCGGGACCAGCAGGCGGCUCAGAGACUCAGAGACCGGAUCCUGCAGCUGGACACGGAGAACAAGACCCUGGCCCUGGCCGCCUCCAGCAGGUCCAGCAGGGACCCGGGUCCUGAUGAGUCCCAGCUGAGCGUGGCGGCGCUGCAGGACAAGCUGCAGAACCUGAAGAAGCUGCUGCUGCUGGCCUCGCAGGGCCACCCGGACCUCAACAUCCAGGACCUGGCCCGGACCGAGGAGGACCUGGUUCGGUCCGAGGUGGACCCGGACCGGGCCUCGGCCCUGGCCUACCAGCAGGAGCUGCAGCAGCUGAAGGAGGAGUUUGAGCGCUACAAGGUGCGGGCCCAGGUGGUCCUGAAGAACAAGACGGUGAAGGACGGCUGCCAGGCCAAGGAGCUGGAGCAGGUCCGGGACCAGCUGGACCAGGUCCGGGACCAGCUGGCCGAGCUGCGGGAGAAGUACAUCAACCUGAGGGUCCAGAGCGACGAGGCCGAGGACCAGCACCGCCUGCAGCUGGAGCAGCGGCAGCAGCAGGCCGCCGCCCUGCAGCACGCCCACCGGCAGGAGCUGGAGCGUGUGGAGGCGCAGCACCGUGACCAGCUGCURCGGCUGGAGGCGGAGCUUCACAAGCAGCGGGAGCGCACCAUGAAGCUGCUGGACGACAAGGACCGGGAGCUGGACCGGCUGAGGAGCGCCGCCRUCAGCCGCGAGGUCGUCAGCCGCGAGGUCGCCGCCGGGCAGGAGGCCGGCUCCGACUGCGAGGGCGACGUCAUCAGCCAGGCCCUGCGACAGGCCACGCCCACCGAGUCCACGCUGCUGCUGUACGCCGAGCAGCUGGCCCGCAAGGAGGCGGAGGCGGGCGGCCUGCGGCGCCACAAGCACCUCCUGGAGGAGGAGCUCCACCAGCUGCAGGCCAAGCUCAUCGCCAACGCCGAGCGCCACGAGGACGAGACGGCCCAGCUCAGGGACCGCCUCCACAAGCUGGGCCGGGACCAGAGCCGCGAGGGCGCCAACCUGGAGUACCUGAAGAACGUGGUGUACAGGUUCCUGACGCUGCAGGACGCCAGCGGGCGGCGCCAGACGCUCGGCGCCAUCGUCACCAUCCUGCACUUCAGCCCGCAGGAGAAACAGGAAGUGAUGAAGCUGCAGGGCUCCGCCUGGUGGGGCCCCGCCUUCAGGAGAAACAGGAAGUGAUGAAGCUGCAGGGCUCCGCCUGGUGGGGCCCCGCCUUCAGGUGAAGUCGAAGCCCCGCCUUCACGUGGAGUCGAAGCCCCGACUUCACGUGGAGUCAAAGCCCCGCCUUCACGUGGAGUCCAGGCCCCGCCUUCAGGAGAAACAGGAAGUGAUGAAGCUGCAGGGCUCCGCCUGGUGGGGCCCCGCCUUCAGGUGAAGUCGAAGCCCCGCCUUCASGUGGAGUCGAAGCCCCGCCUUCACGUGGAGUCAAAGCCCCGCCUUCACGUGGAGUCAAAGCCCCGCCUUCACGUGGAGUCCAGGCCCCGCCUUCAGGAGAAACAGGAAGUGAUGAAGCUGCAGGGCUCCGCCUGGUGGGGCCCCGCCUUCAGGUGAAGUCGAAGCCCCGCCUUCAGAUGAAGUCGAAGCCCCGCCUUCAGGUGAAGUCGAAGCCCCGCCUUCAGGUGAAGUCGAAGCCCCGCCUUCAGGUGAAGUCGAAGCCCCGCCUUCAGGUGAAGUCGAAGCCCCGCCUUCACGUGGAGUCAAAGCCCCGCCUUCACGUGGAGUCCAGGCCCCGCCUUCAGGAGAAACAGGAAGUGAUGAAGCUGCAGGGCUCCGCCUGGUGGGGCCCCGCCUUCAGGUGAAGUCGAAGCCCCGCCUUCAGGUGAAGUCAAAGCCCCGCCUUCAGGAGAAACAGGAAGUGAACAGAUAUGAAGUUUAUUUUGAAAAGAAACAAAACUCUUUCCUGUUUUUGUGAAAAAAAUAAACUGAUUUAUUCUGUGAACUUCGAUCCAUUUAUAGUUUUAUUAAAUAUGAAACAGAUCGUCUGAAAAACUGUUACUUUAUUAUCAGCGUUAAUGUGGGAGGAGUCAAAGGUCAGGUACGGUCCAUACUACCAGGGUUCAACGAGUUUUUUUGUUUUACCUGCCUGAAACAAAAAUGUUAAAAUUAGAUAAAGAAAAACGUGUACUGUAUUUGUACUACAGAUAUAUUAACAUGGUUACUCAGGUACAUAAUAUAUGUUGUAUUUCAGGGUCUCCUGUUUGUUUCAUGACAUCUGAUUAAACUACGUCACCAACAGUCAA